UCCACUUUGACUGCAGUGCAGAAUCAGCUGAGAAGAUAGCUAGGUCCUCUCUCUGUUGUUUACCCUUUUUGGACGUAAGAUGGGGAAUAGAGAUGAUGAGUAUGACUAUUUGUUUAAAGUGGUUCUGAUUGGUGACUCAGGUGUAGGGAAAAGUAACCUGCUGUCCCGUUUCACCCGUAACGAGUUUAACUUGGAGAGCAAGAGCACCAUUGGUGUGGAGUUUGCUACCCGCAGCAUUCAGGUGGAUGGGAAGACAAUUAAGGCUCAGAUUUGGGACACAGCUGGUCAGGAACGCUACAGAGCCAUCACCUCAGCGUAUUACCGUGGAGCAGUGGGGGCUCUGCUGGUUUAUGACAUUGCGAAGCACCUGACCUAUGAGAAUGUGGAGCGCUGGCUGAAGGAGCUACGGGACCACGCCGACAGCAAUAUUGUCAUCAUGCUGGUUGGCAACAAGAGCGAUCUGCGGCACCUUAGAGCCGUGCCAACCGACGAGGCACGGGCCUUCGCAGAGAAGAACGGCUUGUCUUUCCUUGAGACCUCAGCUCUGGAUUCGACCAAUGUCGAGACAGCCUUCCAGACUAUUCUGACCGAAAUCUAUCGCAUCGUGUCUCAGAAGCAGAUGUCAGAUCGCCGAGACAACGACAUGUCACCUAGCAACAAUGUGGUGUCCAUCCAGGUGCAGCCCACUGAGAAUAAACCAAAGAUGCAAUGCUGCCAGAGCAUCUAGCAGCCUCGUUCCACCUGCAAAGCCCCGCGCACCCCCUCCACCCCACUCCACCCCCCCACCUCCUUGCCCCUCCGCCCCACUUCUCAAAGACUGCUUUGGUUCAGACAUGCAGCUGCACAUCCAGGCUCAAGCACAGAGGCUGUGUUUCCAUUCCUGGAUCUCCAAGGGUCACC